ACAGAGCGGAUGAAAGGGACGCAGCGGUGACAUUCCACACCCUAACAGUCUCACCCUCACCUCAGUACAGGAACAUGGGGAGUUUGCCGGACGUUUCCGAGCUGAGAACACGACUGGAGAACUCUCUCACAGGCUACCACAACCUAGAAGAGACGGAAUGGAGGGUGGCAAAGAAAACGACAGAUGUUACGGUCUGGAGGAAACCGUCCACAGAGUUCAGCGGUUUUCUGUAUAAAGUUCAGGGUUUGGUUAUGGAAGAGCCGAACAGGAUAGUGGAAUAUAUUCGGCCGGGACCGUACCGGUUACAGUGGGACAGUCUGAUGACGUCCAUGGACAUCGUGAAGACCAUCGACAAGGCCAGCUGUGUGAUGCGUUACAUGACCGCCGGCCAGCUGUGGAACCUCGUGGCACCACGAGAGUUUGUGGAUUUCUCCUACACCAUGGAUUUCCAGAACGGCCUUCUGUCCUGCGGUGUGAGCGUGGACUACGAGGAGCAGGGACGGGACAGCGUGAGGGGGUUCAAUCACCCGUGCGGUUGGUUCUGCGUCCCUGUCGAUGGUGAAACCCACAGCGCCCCCUGCAGUCUGCUGAGCGGGUACAUCCAGACCGACCUGAGAGGGAAAAUCCCACAGUCGGCAGUGGACGUGGCCAUGGCCAACACCCUGGUCACCUUCUACUCUGACCUCAGGAGAGCUCUCGCUACGUAAUAUUACCUCUUCACGAGCACUGUAUGGCCAAAAGUAUGUGGACACACCCUGUUCUGGAAACAUGGGCAUUAAAAUACCAGCCUUCACUCUUUUGGAGUGUGACUGUGGUCAUUUGGAACCAUUCAGUGAGCUCAGACACUGAUGUUGGUUGAGAAAUCCUGGCUUGCCUAUGAGCUUCCGAUUCAUCCCAAAGGUAUACAGUAUGGUUAAGUUCAGGACUCUUUAAUUAAGAGGCGUGUCCACAUACUUUUGGCCAUAUAGUGUACUUUUAAAUAUCUGGUGCUGUAGAUAUACCUACAUAUAGCAAUAGAUACGGUGCACGUUGUAUUAAAGGGUCAGAGCCACGCCCGGUUACAUAGUCUGCUCAUUUUUUCCAUAGAGAAGGGACUGUUAGUGCAGCAUACUUUGCGACCCAGAGGCUAGUGACGUUCCUGCCCAUAUAAAUAGGGCGGGUUCGACUGCACCCAGUACAAAGUAUCACAGCCUAAUCAGCUGCUCAGAGAUCUAAUCUAAGAACCAGUACAGAAAAACAGGUCUGUCAUAAAUAAUAAACUGUCCACAGACAAGCAAGCUUCACAUCACUGGGGGGUGAAAGCUGGCAACCUUGGUGCUUAAGCUCACAGAUUAGAAACUGCAGGUUGAUGGCAAAUGAUGAUCAAAUCUGAACAGCAAAUCCUAUUAUUUUAUUUCAUUAUUAUUAUUAUUAUUAUUAUUCUUUUGUUCGAUGGGAGAUUGAAGGCUGGGUCGGGAUGGAGGGGGUUAGACUUUGUUGUUGACUUUAUGAACUCUGCUAUAAAUAAAUGAAACGUGUUUUUUCAUGAAGGUUUGGUCACUAUCAGCUUUAAUCGUGUAACUGUUUUAGUUGUAAAGUUAUUACACUCAUUAUCUGAAGGACAAACACUGAUCAUUUAAUGUAUAAUUAUAUCAGUUGUAUUUUCUAAGAUUUUAGGUUUUUUUUUUACAUACAUUGUUGUUUUUGAAUCCGUAGCAUUUAAUAUUUCGUGCAAAUGAAUAAUCUGUAAUGAUUUACUGUAAUAAAUAAAAAUGCAUAUUGUUUUACUGUGAAAUUC